AUGAGCCUCCUGCUGUUGCCGCCCCAGUCGCUGACACUGUUGCUGCUGGUCGUGACCAGGGGCACUUGUGCCUUCCUCUCCCAGACUAGGGUCAUGUACGUGUGCAGCAGCAGCACCAGCAGCAGCAGCGGUUGUGGGGGUCGCGCCACCCCCGCAGUGGGCUACCAAAGCGUGGUGGCUGACUCUCAGUGCCUGCGGUUGCCUUCCGUGGCGGGCGCAGAUCCCCAACGCUGCAACGAGCUUCUCCUGUUGGCGGCGGCGGGGCUCCGCGAGCAGGAGAACCCGCGGAGUAGCCUCGGGGAGAAGGAGAAGCCUGGGACUUCGACGGAGGCAGCACCCCAGCAUCACGUCCUCUACUUCCCAGGAGAUGUGCAGAACUAUCGUGAAAUUAUGGCACGCCAUCCUGAGAAUUUUCAGUGGGAAAGCUGGAGUCUAGAAAAUAUUGCUUUCCUUCUAGCACACCACUUCACCAAUAGUUAUAUUUGGGUAGUAAAGAGCUCCCGAAUGCAUUUGCACAAGUUCAGCUGUUACGACAAUUUUGUGAAGAGCAACAUGUUUGGCGCCCCAGAUCACAGCAUUGAAUUUGGAGCUUUUAAGCAUCUUUAUUCCUUGUUAGUUAAUGCAUUCGCCCUUACACAGAAAAUUGUCCUGUCAAAGAAGAAACAGCAUGGUUUAAGAAGAGAGGCAAAGACUUCUAGCUACUGUAGAGCAAAUUCAUCUCAUACUUCAAAUGGCUGCCAGGGAGAAAGAGAGAGAAAAUAUGAACAAUAUGAUGAUGCCACCACCAACUUUAAUCCACCAUCUUUUAAAGAUGCAUCCUUUACUUUGAUUGGAUUCAGUAAAGGAUGUGUUGUUUUGAACCAACUGCUUUUUGAGCUGAGAGAAGCCCAAAAAGAUAAGAACAUAAAUACCUUCAUCAAAAACAUAAGAACAAUGUACUGGCUAGAUGGUGGUCACUCAGGAGGAAGCAAUACUUGGGUUACUUACCCCGAAGUAUUGCAAGAAUUUGCAAAGACAGGGAUUGCAGUUCAUACUCAUGUUACUCCUUACCAGGUAAAUGACCCCAUGAGGUCUUGGAUUGGAAAGGAGCACAAGAAAUUUGUACAAAUUCUCGAGGACUUUGGCGUGCAGGUGACUAACCAGAUUCACUUUGAGAAGGAGCCUCCUUCCAUAGAAAAUCACUUCAGGGUUCAUGAAGUAUUUUGA